AUGAUUGAAGAGUUUAAAAAAGAAAUGAUGAAGAGGUAUGAAAUGACAGACCUUGGCUUUUUGCAUCAUUUUCUUGGCAUUGGGGUAAUUCAAAAGGCAAACAGCAUUUUCAUUCAUCAAAUGAAGUAUGCUAAAACCUUGCUUGAAAAGUUUGGUUUGAAAGGUUGCAAACCGGUCUCUACACCUCUAAUUGCAAAUGAGAAACUUAAGAAGGAGGAUGGAAGUGAAUUUGCAGAUGCUAGUCUCAAUAAGUGCAUUGUUGGCAGUCUAUUGUACUUAAGUGCAACAAGGCCAGAUAUAAUGUUCUCAGCAAGCCUACUUUCUAGGUUUAUGCAGAAUCCUAGUAAGAUACAUAUGGGCACAUCUAAGAGAGUGCUGAGAUAUGUGCAAGGAACACUAGAUUAUGGGAUCAAGUAUGAAAUGGGGAAGUCAAUUAUCCUAAUUGAAUUUUAUGACAGUGACUAG